AUGUCUUUUUCUAUUGCUACUGAGUUUCAACUCAUUGGUCCUCCAUCAAUCCACCGCCAAACUCAAAAAACUGCUUUCACUUUCAUGGACUUAAUGGUUAAUAACCUUCACGAUUUUAUGAAUUCUACUUUUCGGUACCGUUCGUGUUCUGCAGUUAAAGUUAUGAAGCGGUCUCGUCGUUCCCGAGUUAGAGUUACACAGCAGUCUCGUUCUCCAUAUCGUCCAUUGCGUUGUUCUCCAGUUAGAGUUAGACGGCGUCCUCGUUCUCCUCCGUCUCGUUUUUUGUCUCCAGUUAGAGUGACACCGCGGUCUCGUUCUCCAUGUCGGUCUCGUUCUCGAUCUCUGUCUUGGUCUCGUUCUCCAAUAGUUAGACGGCGUUUUCGUUUUCCGUCUCGGUUUCCAAUAGUUAGAUGGCGUUCUCGAUCUCUUUCUUGGUCUCGUUCUCCGUCUCCAGUUAGAGUUAGACGGCGUUUUCGUUCUCCGUCUCGGUCCCCAAUAGUUCGUUCUCUGUCUCGGUCUCCAAUUAGAGUGACACGGCGGUCUCGUUCUCGAUCUCUUUCUUUGUCUCGUUCUCCGCCUCGUUCUGGAUCUCCAGUUAGAGUUAGACAGCGAUAUCGUUCUCCGCCUCGUUCUCUAUCUCGGUCUCCGUUUAGUUCUAUUUCUCGUUCUUGUUCUCCGUCUCGUUCUCUAUCUCGGUCUCCGUCUAGUUCUUUGUCACGUUCUUUAUCUCGAUCUUUAUCGCGUACUUGUUCUCCAGUUAGAGUUAGAAAUUCUUGGUCUCGUUCUCUAUCACGAUCUCCAUCUCGUUCUUGUUCUCCAGUCAGAGGUCUUACAGAGAAUGGAUCAGCAACAUACGUUGCAAGUGGAAACCCAUUACUUGAUUUCUUCUUCCAUGUAGUUCCUGAUACACCACACAAAAGCAUGACUCGACGGUUAGAGUUGGCUUGGAAACAUGACCCGUUAACAGCUUUGAAGUUGAUAUGUAACUUGAGAGGUGUUAGAGGAACUGGAAAAUCUAUUAAAGAAGGGUUUUAUGCCGCUGCAUUGUGGCUUCAUAAGAACCACCCUAAAACCCUAGCUUCGAACCUUAAAGCUAUUUCUGGCUUUGGAUAUUUCAAAGAUUUGCCUGAAAUUCUUUAUAGACUUCAUGAAGGCCUUGAUAUCCGAGAAGUUCAGAAGAGAGAGUGGAUGAAAGAAAAACAUAAUUACCCAGUGAAAAACCAGAAUGGUAAACGAGUUCAUGCCAACCAGAAGUGCAAAAGAAAAUCUAAACUGAUGAAAACAAAAUCCGGGAGUAAACUCGACAAGCCGAAGAAGAGUAGAAAAGAAAAGGCGAUUGAAUUGUCUAAACGAGCACUUGAGAGAUAUGGUGAAGACACCGAGUAUAGAAUCUUGCAUGAUGCAGUAUCUGAUCUUUUCGCCGAGUUUUUAACUUCUGAUUUGAAGUAUCUGAGCUCCGGUGAAGUUGGCAAGAUUACUUUGGCUUCGAAAUGGUGUCCUUCUCUGAAUUCUUGUUUCGACAAAGCUACUCUUUUAUGUGAAAGUAUUGCUAGAAGGAUUUUCCCGCGUAAUUCCAACCCUGACUAUGAAAAUAUUGAAGAAGCUCAAUAUGUUUAUCGUGUUCGUGAUCGUUUGAGGAGAGAAUACUUGGUUCCUCUUCGUAAAGUACUAGAAUUGCCUGAAGUUUACAUGAGUUCUAAAAACUGGGAAUCUUUGCCGUAUAACCGUGUUUCAUCCGUUGCUAUGAAAAAGUACAAGACUUUCUUUGAAGAACAUGAUAAAGAACGGUUUAAUGAGUAUCUAGAGAGUGUUAAAAAAGGAGAGACAAAGAUUGCUGCUGGUGCACUGUUACCGCACGAGAUAUUAGCUUCUUUGGAUGAUGAGGAAGACGAAGGUGAUUGUAAUGUCGCGGAGCUGCAAUGGCAACGAAUGGUAGAUGACAUGUCGAAAAUGGGAAAAUUGAAUGAUUGUCUUGCCAUUUGUGAUGUAUCUGGUAGUAUGGCAGGGACUCCAUUGGAGGUAUCUGUUGCUCUUGGUUUGUUAAUACCUGACAUGAGUCAAGAACCGUGGAAAGGAAAACUGAUAACUUUCAGCGCAGAACCUCAACUUCAGAAGAUUGAAGGCGAAAACUUGAGAUCAAAGAUAAAAUCCAUUAAAAAAAUGGAUUGGGAGAUGUCAACUGAUUUCCAGAAGGUUUUUGACCAAAUAUUGCAAGUAGCAGUUGAUGGCAACUUAAAGGAAGAUCAGAUGAUAAAGAGGCUAUUCGUGUUCAGCGACAUGGAGUUCGAUGAGGCCAGAAAAAAUAAUGAUUAUGAUACGACAGACUCAGACCCAAAAGGGAAUGACUGGGAGACGGACUACCAAUUGAUAGAGAAGAAGUUUAGAGACAAAGGAUACAUGAAGGUGCCGGAGAUUGUGUUUUGGAACCUUAGAGACUCUAGCUCAACUCCAGUGGUGGCACAACAAAAGGGUGUCGCACUCGUUAGCGGAUAUUCAAAGAACUUGCUGACACUUUUUCUCGAGGGUUCGGAUAUUAGCGAGUUUACACCCAUUAGAGUGAUGGAAAAAGCAAUCUCUGGCGAGGAAUAUAACAAGCUUGUUGUAGUUGAUUGA